AUGUUCUCCCCACGAGCGAUAUUCCGUUUUAUCUACGGAAGUUUCUACUUCGUCCUAUGCUUCCUCCUCGCCCUUCUCCUCCUCGUCACCCCCGGCGACACCAUAUACCAGGCCUAUUCGAACAACCAGCCAUAUAACAUAUGGAUCAUUGCCGCCGCUCUGGUCCUCACCACUUUAAUCGUAUCCUUCAUCUACGCGACGCGACUGUAUCUCAACAAGACGAUCCUCGCAUCAAUCCCGAAGCCAUGGGUUCCUAUCGAGAAGGGCGACGUGAACAAGAAGGUUCACGAAAUGAUCACAGCCGACCUGAAGCGCAGCGCAGCCAUUGCCUAUGACGCAAGGCCGCGCAUUGAGACGAAUUUGUUGGGUGGCGAUAUGGAGGAGGUACUGGUCGAAAAGCAGAACUCUGGCGGUAGCGCGGCAAGGAAACGCUUUCAGCUACCGACCUUGAAAAAGCCGGCAACAACAGAAAAGGAGACUGGCAUUGCGCUACCUCCUCGAAGGCCGGUUUGGGGCGAAAUCGAACACUACGGCUGGUCAUCACCCAACACACUAGACCUCCCGGAUCUACAGUACAGCACCGUCCUCUCCGAGCUCCCGAACCUCAUCGAAGCAAAGGCCCUGACACUGGCGCCUCCCGAUCCGACCUCUUUCAGUCAACCACCGAUGCUCGAUGCCGAUGCGGUGGCCUUGCUGCAGCGCCCAUUACCCAUGAGUCUGCGCGACUACCUUGGCCACCUUGCUGAGCUGGGGGUAAUUUCGCUUAAUGCGACGACCGCCGAUUUCCUCUCCACCUACGAACAUGCGCGCUUCUCUACGCGGGCUAUUUCGAACGCCCAAUUUCACGAAUUGAUGCAUUUGUUUGCUGCGAUACUGCGCGGCAUGCGACCGCUAGAUCCGGCAGUCCUCGGUCCCUUGGACGAGCCCAGCGAAGGCUCAGAAAGCGACAUCGACAAUGAUGCGCCCAUGGCCACAAAUCCUACCACUCCACGCAGCUUAUCCCGGUCUGCGACACAGAGCACACAAGGCUCUUAUACUAGGAGAGCGCCGACCGUCAACGCGCGCAACUCCUCUGCAAAUACGUGGGCUCAAUAUCGCACCGCGCCGGCUACCCCAUUGGGUACAUUAAGAGGAGCCAUAUCGAGAUCCUCCAGCAUGAAUAGCUUCGCCCAGACUCGGCCGGCGUAUGGUCCAAAUCAUUCGUCAUCUAGUGUCAGUUUGCGGUCGAGGGCAUCAGGAAGUUCCGCUUCGGGCUCCGUCAUUAGACUCGCGACGCGGACGGACUCGACUGAUCUGCCCUACAUCCUCUCUCUGCGGGAGACCAGGGCCUCAUGA